CUAUACCUAUGAAAAUGGGGCAAGGAAAAAGAAGAAUUCGAGUAUUCAGACGACAAGUGGGAUGGCAGAAAUCUAUAAACAAAGCAGUCAAGGCUUUUAAAAAAUGUGCCAAACUUUUUUGCAGGAGGCAAAAGGAGGAGCUCGAAAAGGAUCCAUCCAAAGGAGAGUUGCCUCCUACAAUCUUGAAUAUCCUUCGUGACUGGGCAAGAAAAACAGUCUAGCAAGCUGUGUGUAUGCAUGCAAAGUCAAGAGAGAGAAACGGAGAGUUUUGAAGAAGAUCAUCCGAUAGGAAAAUACACAUCUACAAUCCAGUUGACACCACAGGCACCAGAUGUCACGAUAAGCCGUUCCGUAUGCAGCCAGCCUGUUGGACUAAUUCAAGAUGCAUGUUGUUCAGGACAUUGCAUUAGAAACAAUAAAAAGGAGGAAGCAACAUCUUUGUGGUAUCAGUUAUCACCGUCGUUUUCAGACGAGGAUCUUAGUCGAGAACCAACUCCUCCACAUCCGUUUGAAAAAAUAUUGAAGGAACGAAAUAGUCUCGAUUACAUGGAAAGAAUGGACAUAGAAUAUGCUAAAAUUAGAUCAUUGGAUUCAGAUGGAAGUGAGUCGCCCGACUACAUGCUGGCUCUAUUACCUCCUUCCGAAGCCAAGCAAAGACCAAGUUUCUUUUCAGAUUGGAAUAGGCCGAACCCAUUUUUCCGCUUGCCGGGACACACACCACCUCCUUUUCCAUCGGACUGGAAUUUUAACAAAGAAUCAGAGGAUUGUGCCAAAUCUGAACAACUCACUCCUACCGCUUCUCCUGAGUCGGAAUAUGAAGUGGCCAACGAUGUUACAGAUGGAAUACCUGAGGUCAAAACUGCUGAUAUUGAAAAAGAGAAAACAACAGACAUUCAGAUUGCAAUGGCAGUAGCUGAAAGAGUGAACUGGAUGCUUGAACAGGCUGAAAAUAACGUUGAAGAAAAUUCAUCCAACGAUUCCAAUAUUAAAGAUCAUGUGGAACUCAAUGAGACCGAUGUUCUUUCGACAUCAAGUUGCAACUAUUUACAAGAGGAAGCUGCAGUUUUCAGUUUGAAAGUCAACGAGGAAUGCGAUGAUCGAGAGCUUGAUAGUUUAUCAGUAUCGGUGGAUAUGAGCUCGGAAGACAAUGAAAAAAUUAACAUUCGAGAGCUUGAUUCAAGGGCAACUUACGUUGUUAAUGGCAAACUUGCCGAUGUUACUUCUUUGAUUUCUACUGACGAAACAUGUGAACAAUGGGUUGAUGAAAUUCUAUUUGGCGAAUUGGAAGUCGUUGGUAGAGAGAUGAUGUCACGAGCGACAUACAUUAUUGAACAAGAUGCCUCCUACCUCGAGCCAAUUAUGGAUGAAAAAUCAGAAACUCCAAUCGAUGACAUGAUAAACGAAAUUUUGGAAAACACUAAAAGUUUGAUGGAAGAAGAGAGAUUUAAGGACGAGAAAAACAAAUCAAAAACAAAGUCAUUUUCAAAGGAAGAUCCUGAAGACGUCGAUAAAUUUAUACAGGAUUUUCUUUCCGAACCAACACUGGUAUAAACGACUGGACAUCAAUAUGAGCAUCCUGUCGUCAACAUAUUCGGCAACAAACGACAGGAAGAUUUGGCAGCAAUUUUACCAAAUUGUUCAGAGCGAAUUGAUCAGAAAUGAUUUUAUGUAGGAUAAACCCAACGAGACAAUUUUAUCGUAACGGAUUCGUUUUUUGUUUGUUAUAUAUAUAUAUAUAUUUAGUACAGUUCGAAUUUAUCUCGUAGUUCAACGUAAUUUGGCCUCUCUAAUGUAAUAGUAUUUUGUAUGUAAGACUGCUCGAAGCAAGGUCGCGUGUCACCAUUUAAAAGCCACAAAAUGCGGCUGAUGGUCGAGUCGCAACCUCCACGGACUUGCUAAGGGCUACGUUUUGAUUUAUUGCUGUGACAGAUCUGACGCUUGAAGUGGGAUUCGUGGCAACCCACUUCAAUACUGUCAGAGCAACAAGUAUAUACAUUUAGAAAUAGUUUUACACAGGCUUGUCCAUCGGACAUAUUUUUCUGUCCCAUUCCCAUAAAAAUUAUGCCUAAACCAUCCCAUAAGAUUCCCAUUGAAAUAAAAUUCAAUAAAAAUUGUUAAAUUUUGGUUUAGCGUCCACUAAAUAGGACUACAUGUACGAAGAGCCAUGCGAAACAACAAAAAUUUACGAAAUUUGUUAACUCUAUAGUCAUAACUAUUAUACAUGUGACCAUCCGCCCCAUCACGAAGUAUAUUGUUAAUGCUGAAUAUAUUUUGUUUUUUAUAGCUAACAAGAGAGCUAUGCUCAAUAUAGACACUAAAUAAUUUUACCAUCAUUUCCCCGAAAACUAUAUACAAUUUUCGUGUCCCACUUGUCCCAUGGGAAAUACAAAUGUGUGCUAUCCCAUCCCAUGGGACGUUUCCCAUGGGAAUUCCAUUCUCAUGGACAACCCUGGUUUUACAACGCGUUAAAUUUGUGAUAAAGGAAAACCAAAAAAUCGGAUUUUUUAUAGUUAUUUAGAACUGGUUUAUAAUCUGGUAUUUCAACCGAGCAUUUUGUGAAACGGUUUUGAAAAUAUCUUGAUUGCUGUGGUAUUUACUGUGAUAUGUAACGCGAUUUAAAAAAUUAGAUAAAUAGUGUUGAAGGUUAAACUUCCUUCUCUCGAUCGGGGUAACAAAUUCGCCACUUUGUUUAUUCUUACUAAAGUAACCGAUGUGUGAUCACUUAUAGUUAAAUGGAGUUUAUGGUAGAUCAAUCCAUAACACUUUAUGAGGCGUUCAUCACACUUUCACUCUAAACAAGGUUCAACACGCAGCCACUUGUGCGCAAAAGGCUACUAUUUUGGGAUGGUUCGGCAUUCCCUCCCAAUUUUUCAUACCCUCGUCCGAGAUCUAUAUAGAUGCCGAUAUAGUUAAGUUCUAUAUAUAUGUGCAACGCUUCAACCACUCGUUCAUGUUUGUUCAAGGCUAGAUGAAAGAAGGAGUUGACACCUUUCCAUCAAUCAAAACUAGAAAAAACAAGAGUAACUUGUUUAAACCCUUGCUGGUUUGAGUGAAUAUUACUAGUACUCAAGAUUUUUAAUAAGAGAUUCCAACUGAAGUAAACGCGAAAGCCUGCCUACUCGGUUUAUGUUUUCAGUGUUCACCGCAAUCUACUUGAUUGUUGAGGCAGUAGCUAUCGGUAGACUGAUUUCGAAACUGAGGUGUUUAUAAAAAGUGUUAUUUUAACCUGUUUACCAAUAUGCCACCACACUUUUAUGAUAUUUAUCGUUCCAUGUAUAAACAUGUAUUGCUAUUGUUUAUGCUCAGAUUAUCUUUCCACAGAAUAUAUAUAUAUCGUGUGUAUAGGUUGGCAUGUGUCAACCCGAGUCAUACUUUUCGACAUUUUGUGGAAACGACGUAUAUUUUAAAAUGAUUCGACUUAGAUAAUGUGAAAUGGCUCAACUUUAUUCGAGUCAUGAACUGUAACGUUGGGAAGUGUCCUAAUCAGAUUAAACCAAAUUUCCCAUUUCGUAAAUGUUUUGACUUGCCAAUUUAAACUGUCUCACACAUUUCAGCGAAAAUUGAGUUUGACUAGACUUGCCUCAAAUGAUUUACAAGUAUCGACUUCUCCUUGGGUAACCAUCAAUUGAUAUUGACCCUGUCGUGUAUUGUUAUUUCUUUUGAGACAUUUUACCUUACUUUUCACUGUGAAGCUUUCAAGUGUUUCAUUUUAUAAAUAUUUUUGUACUACACUUGUUUCAUUCGAAUAAAC